AUGGCAUUCUCUCUGUUCCCGUACUUCCUGUCGUUUUAUGGAUCUAUGGAGUCUAAAAACUGCGACUUUCAGCCCUGGAGAGACUACAUGGGAUUAGCGGAGAUGAUCAGAGCGAUGCAGCGGACACCUGCGGCACUUUCAGAGCGUCAGGUCGAGAGCUCGCGGUGUGGUGACAAGAGCGAACAUGCCUCCGCGACCAUGGAGUCUCCAAACACCCCCAACAAGCGUGCGCGUACGGCUCCGGUGAGGGAUUCGAGGGGCGCGGACCUCGCGACGCCCGGCAAGAGCAUCAGCAGCACACCCGACAAAAAGUUCUGCAGCUUCUGCAAACAUAACGGCGAGUCUGAGGCGGUGUUCGCCUCGCAUUAUUUAAAGGACCGCAACGGAGACGUGGUGUGUCCGUACUUGAGCCAGUACGUGUGUCCGCAGUGCGGGGCCACGGGAGCCAAAGCGCACACCAAGAGGUUCUGCCCACUCGUGGAUGAGACUUACAGCUCCGUGUAUGUCAGAUCGACAUGGUGA